CCUGCCACUCCCAAGAUGGAGGAACGGAACGCCGCCAUUAAGCGCGAACCGUCAGAACGAUCCCCUCUAGAGCUUCACAGUCCUAUCCAAGAUGGCCGUCUGGGUUCCAGCCCACCCCUCCCCCAUUUGACACUCCCAACAUGGCCCCCUUGGGUCGCCGCUCCGCACGAGCGGCUUGACGCCGGAAGUGACGCGUCCCACAUAUUUCCGCUUUCUUUUUUCUGGAGGGACAGUUGGCUGCUGGGCUGGGGGGCGCGGUGGAUAUUGACCUUUGCCCCGGCCUCGUACCAUCAUUUCUAUGACGAGUCCAAGCCUUUCACUUGCCUGGACGGCUCUGCCACUAUCCCUUUUGAUCAGGUCAAUGAUGACUACUGUGACUGCAAGGAUGGCUCAGAUGAGCCAGGUACAGCCGCCUGUCCUAACGGCAGCUUCCACUGCACCAACACUGGCUACAAAGCCCUGUACAUCUCCUCCCGAUGGGUCAACGAUGGAGUUUGCGACUGCUGUGACGGGACCGAUGAGUACAACAGCGGGAUCGUCUGUGAAAACACCUGCAAAGAGAAGGGCCGGAAGGAGAGAGAGACACUGCAGCAGAUGGCAGAGGUCACGCGAGAGGGGUUCCGCCUGAAGAAGAUCCUUAUUGAGGAAUGGAAGAAGGCUCGGGAGGAGAAGCAGGAAAAGCUCGCUGAGCUACAGGCUGGAAAGAAGUCCCUGGAGGACCAGGUGGAGAUGCUGCGCCUGGUGAAGGAGGAGGCCGAGAAGCCAGAGAAGGAGGCCAAAGACCAGCACCAGAAGCGGUGGGAAGAGCAGCAGGCUGCCUCCAAGGCCCAGCGGGAACGGGAGCUGGCGGCCAGUGCCUUCCAGGAGCUGGAUGACGAUCUGGAUGGGGCGGUCUCGGUCACCGAGCUGCAGACCCAUCCGGAGCUGGACACUGACGGUGACGGGGCACUCUCAGAAGGGGAAGCUCAGGCCCUGCUGGGUGGAGACAUGCAAACUGACGCUUCUGCCUUCUAUGACCGCGUCUGGGCUGCCAUCAGGGACAAGUACAGGUCUGAGCAGGUGCUCCCCACCAGCCCCCCGCCUGCACCUUCUGAGCCUGACCUGACAGAGCCCAAGGAGGAGCAGCCCGCAGUGCCCUCGCCGCCCGUGGAAGAGGAAGAGGAGGACGAGGACGAAGAGGAGACGGAAGAGGAGGAGGAAGAGGAAGAGGAAGAAGAUUCCCAAGUGCAGGGGGAGCAGCCCCAGGAGGCCCCACCCCCACUGGUUCCCCCGCAGCCUGCUGCCAGCCCCGCGGAAGAGGACAAAAUGCCCCCCUACGAUGAGCAGACUCAGGCCUUCAUUGACGCCGCCCAGGAGGCCCGCAGCAAGUUUGAGGAGGCUGAGCGGUCCUUGAGGGACAUGGAGGAGUCCAUCAGGAACUUGGAGCAGGAGAUUUCCUUCGACUUCGGCCCCAGCGGAGAGUUUGCCUACCUGUACAGCCAGUGCUAUGAGCUCACCACCAACGAGUACAUCUACAGGCUCUGUCCCUUCAAGCUUGUCUCUCAGAAACCCAAGCUCGGAGGGUCCCCCACCAGCCUCGGCACCUGGGGCUCAUGGGCCGGCCCUGACCACGACAAGUUCAGCGCCAUGAAGUACGAGCAGGGAACGGGCUGCUGGCAGGGCCCCAACCGCUCCACCACCGUGCGCCUGCUGUGUGGGAAGGAGACCGUGGUGACCAGCACCACAGAGCCCAGCCGCUGCGAGUACCUCAUGGAGCUGAUGACGCCGGCGGCCUGCGCGGAGCCGCCGCCGGAGCCGCCGGCUGAUGGCGACCACGACGAGCUCUAGCC